CCAAUACCUCGCAGAUUGGUUAAGUACACGGAGCGCGCGGCGCGGCGCGAGAGCUGGACGCGGCACGCGCUAUCAUCUCUUUUUGAGUGGACUGUAAAACACGCGAGGGGGAAAUUAUCUCUUUUUAGUGACAACGCUGUGUUUUUCUCGCACCUGCAACUUAAAAAAUAAAAAUAAAAAAAUGAAUACUUAGGAGGAGACUGCCAACAGCAUCCCGGGACUUCACCGCGAGCUGCAACGGAAUAAUUGGUACCCUUCGUGUGUGUGUGUCUGUGUGUGACAGGAGGGGAGUUGUAACACUUCACAAGAAAGACUGAGCGUGGACCCCGAGAGGACAAGUGGGGACUGGACUGACUGACGGGUGAAGUUUCCCCGUGUGUCAGCUGUUUUUUUUGUUGUUGUUGUGAGGGAGUGCGAGGGGGGAAAAAGUGUUCAAGAGGUGAGGAAGGUUUUUAUCCCUCUUUUAUCCCUCUGCGUCGGCUCCCCCCCGUGUCUCCUCAUGGACUGACUAUACGGUGACACUUCUUGGACCAGCAUCCCCCCCCCCCUCCUCCGGUUCUUCAUCACUUUCAGUCGAUACCUCGAAGCGAAAUGCUGCCCUGUAUCAUUUUCAUCGGCUUGUUCCUCUCUGCGGCCCGAUCCCAAGAUAUCCAUCCCUCAGAGGCAUCCUCCUCCUCCUUAAGUGAGUCUUGUGACUCCCUGUGCUCCUGCGAGGGGAAAGACGGCAUCCUUCAUCUGAACUGCGAGCAGAGAAACAUCAGCAAAAUCUCCCAAAUCAAAGUCCCGGCAGGUGUGCCCUUCCACCUGAACCUUUACAAAAAUGACUUGGUCGAGCUUCGCGCAGAGGAAAUGGAAGGGCUUAAGAAUGCCCUUUCGCUGCACAUCGGGGGUAAUAGCAUACAAGAGCUGGAGCCGGGGGUCUUCAGCUCCCUGGGCUCGCUGAAAAAACUACACAUAAAUAGCAAUUUCCUCGUAACUCUAAAAGAGGACACUUUUCAAGGCCUGGUGAACUUGGAGUUUCUCCAAGCUGACACAAAUUUCAUACGGGUCAUCGAGCCGGGGGCCUUCAACAAACUGAUCCGUCUCAAGGUGCUAAUCCUCAACGAUAAUUCCAUAGAGUUUUUACCCAACAACAUUUUCCGCUUCGUGCCCCUCACCCACCUGGACUUACGCGGCAACAAGCUCCAAACACUGCCUUAUGUCGGGUUUCUGGAGCACAUCGGACGGAUUAUGGAGCUUCUCUUGGAGGACAACGACUGGGUGUGCGACUGUGAUAUUUUACAUUUAAAAAUCUGGAUGGAGAACAUGAGGGCCCAGUCGGCCCUCGGGGACGUGGUGUGCACCACGCCACAUCAUCUCAAGGGGACUAUUCUAGCUAAAGUGAAGCGGGACGUUCUGUGCCCGUCGCAUGCAGACAUCAACCUGGAGGAGCCGUCAAAGUCGCUGGAUAUGGUCGUUACCCCCUCGUCCAAAGUGGCUCAGAUUCCCAAGCUGAACGCCAAAGACGAGGUACCGACCCCGUCUCACGUUCCUGGCAGUCCUUGUGUGGAGCACUGUUCUUGUCACAAUCACCCUGUGGCUGGGUUUUUGAUGCAUUGUCAGGACAGGGGAAUUCAAAAGGUGUCAGAUAUCGGAAUACUACAACAGAGCCCCACUAAACUGGUGAUGACGGGAAAUAUGAUUCAGAAACUCUUGAAGUACGAUUUUGUCACAUAUGACAGUUUGGAAUUGCUCAACCUCGCAAACAACCGGAUUGAUUACAUCGACAAUGAAACUUUCCUCAGCUUGAGCAGUCUGAAAAAACUGUACCUGAAUGGCAACAGAGUAGAAAAACUGUUCUCCACAAUGUUUGUGGGACUGCACAACCUUGAAUACCUGUAUCUGGAAUACAAUCUUAUCAAAGAGAUUGCUCCAGGCACUUUUAAUCCCCUGCCAAACCUGAAGCUGUUGUCAUUAAAUAACAACCUGCUCAGCUCCCUCCCAGCCCAGAUCUUCCGCAACGUGCCCCUCACCAAAUUAAACCUGAGGAAAAAUCUACUUAUGCAUCUGCCGGUGAGCAACGUGCUCGAUCAACUGGACUCUCUGGAGCAGAUUUAUUUAGAGGACAACCCCUGGGACUGCAGCUGUGACUUGCUCAGCCUCAAACAAUGGGUGGAGAAACUCAGAAAGGACACGGUGGUGGGCUCCAUUUUGUGCCACACCCCGAAUAAAGUGAUUCAGGCUGAGCUGAGAAGCCUGCGUCACGAGGUGCUGUGUCCCGGGUUGGGUACCUACCACCCUGUGCCUCCAGGGCAGGAGGAAAGUGUCACUGCCACACUGGGGCCCGACAGCAUUGACAAAGGUUUAUUCAGCUCACUCACCGACACCGUCCCCCUCUCUGUGCUCAUCCUAAGCCUUCUUAUGUUUGUCCUUGUGAUUAUAUUCUGCUCAGCCGGAUUGGUGGUGUUUGUUGUGCAUCGGCGUCGGCGCAGGGCAAAGAAAAAAGCAGCGGAGGAGCAGCCGCGUGAAAACACCAGCAGCAGUCCCAUCCACUUACACUACAGCAUGUACGGCCAGAAAACCACACACCACACCCUGACGCAAAGGACGGGGUCGGCCACUCUAUACGAGGACAGAUCGCACAGUCCCAUCGUGCAGAUCUGCCGCAACCCCACCUACUGCUCACAGCACAAGGAGCACGACGCCGAGUUGGAUUACAGCGUGGACGACCCCGGCGCCAAGCACCAGUUCUGCCGGAGCAUCAUGGAGAAGGAGAACACGUCCCCGCUCACCGGGAACCCCGCGUCCAAGUUCCGAGCCAUGACCGGGGAGUGCCCCGCCGAGUUCGUCACCCUCGGCAAUCCCAACUCCCUGUACAGGAACAUUCUGGAGCGGGAGAAGGAACUGCAGCAGCUCGGAAUAACCGAGUAUCUCCGGAAGAACAUGCCCCAGCUUCAGUCCGCCGUAGACAUGCAGGUCCCAGGGCACCAAGAGGAGUUAAAGCUAAUGGAGACAAUUAUGUACUCGAGACCACGCAAGGUCAUGCUUGAGCAAACUCAGAAUGAGUACUUUGAACUCAAGGCCAACUUGCAUACUGAGCCAGAUUACUUAGAGGUCCUGGAGCAUCAAACUGCGUUUAACUGAGCGUGCACAGACUCAAAACAAAUGCUAUAUAGAAUCCACUUUAAAAACCAAGUGCCUUGUCCCGUUUGCCCUCUUGUACUUUCCACAGUGUGAAACAUAUAUCUUAUUUUUUUCAGUUGAACUGUAGCACAGAAUGUAACUGGGUUUAUUCUUUUGUUAUGUGUUGACAGCCAUGUUAUGUAGCUGAUGAAAGGUGUCAUUCAUGUAUGGCCAAAUGUAACCACAGUCUGUGGAGCAGACCUGGACUGCAACCAACUUUUCACAUUUCCAGCUCUUAUUAUGAUUGAUGAAAACAUCCAUGGCGUCGGUGGCGGCAACUAAAUUGAUCCACUAUCCUCCCCCCCAUCUACCUCCCCCCCCCCCCCCCCCCAAUGUCUGACAUCCUGAUAGGAUGAAGCAGAUGUUUGGAAAGAAGUGGGUGAAUUUCAAUCACCACUUGACCCAGAAUCGCUGUUUAAUCAGUCAAUCCUUACCCCAGGUUUGACCUGAUUACGCCCUCUGUCAACAUUAAGCCAGCUGGAUGAUGCUCAUUGUGCCGUAGAGUCAGCAAAAAUGCCAACUGUACAUUAGAAAACUGACAGGAGCACGUCUGUUGUUCCCCGAUCGAUGCGCCGCUGCAGUCAUUGUCUUUAUUUAUUUUUAUACAAACUGCUGAUAUUCACAGAACAGGAUGUUUAUCCUCCUCUCAAUCAGUACAUACAGCACUUAAAGUCCAAUAUAUUACACGACAACUUUUAAUCUUGUACAAAAUGCAUUGCACUAAUCAAAUGCCAUAAGAUGGUGCAUGACAAUCAAACAGAGUCCUGCUGAAAAACCUUUCUUUCUUCGUUCGUUUGUUUCCGUUUUGUUUUCUGCCAGUGAAAAAUGAGCCACAAAUGUGUGUGAUCCCUCAAGUGUGUGUGAGGUCGUGUUCCAUGUAACUAAAGUACGUCUGGGAAAGAUUCAAGCAGCAUUCAAAAGAACACAUAGCUCCUUCCCUCAAGCUUGACUGGGCAUGUUCUGAACUUUUUUGUUGUUGUUGUUGUUUGAAGGCGUGGGCGUACUACACUGUUAGCACAUGAGUGGUUACUGAUGAGCAGCGUUGCCCAAUGAGCUCCCAGUUUUUUUCCCACGUUUGACGACCUUGCCGAGCGACUUCAGAUGACUCUCUCCAGCUCCUCCUACUCCAAGCAAUGGACCGCUGGCGACUCGUGGACAUUUGUCAGGAUUUAACAACCACUUCCUUCAUACUCAUUCAAACUUUGAAAAACGGUUCAUGUAAGCACACACACUCUGUAGCUUUUCUACCUAAACUAGAUUGAAAUUAUUUAUUCUGUAUAUUUUGUAUAUACUUAUGUUCCGUUAUAUCUUUGGUUUUUGUGUGCCUUCAGUGCUGUACAGAAUAUAAACAGAAGUUGUAACUGAUAGGAAAUAAAGAGUUACAAUAUUA